UGUGCGUGUCUAUCGUUGUUGCCAUAAAACGACCUAAUUACUAAAUAAUUACUAAGUAAAAAUAACACGAAUCGUCGCUGAUGGGUGCCGUUUUGACAUUUGUUUUCCCACAGUUUAUUCAUCUUCACCACGGACAGCACGAUGUGGAAUCCUCAGUUCCUAUGCUGACAAACCAUUACAAACACGUCUUUUCAGGUCUGUUCGUGUUUCUCGCUCUGUAUUUAGUGGUUAGGUAUGGAGCCCAGUUUGUCUGCAACUUCAUUGGAUUUAUCUAUCCUGCUUACGCAUCCAUCAAGGCAAUAGAGAGCCGAGAGAAGGAUGACGACACGAAGUGGCUCACCUACUGGGUCGUGUACAGCGUCUUCAGUCUCGUCGAGUUCUUCGCAGACAUCUUGCUCUUCUGGAUCCCGUUCUACUGGUUCUUGAAGUGUCUGUUCCUCGUCUGGUGUAUGGCUCCCAUUACAAACAAUGGAGCCACGCUGAUGUACUACCGCUUCAUUCGCCCGUUCAUCCUUCGCUACGAGACGAAGAUCGACAAGACUAUCGAUGAUGCAAAGAAUGCCAUUUCUGAGGCGCAAAAUGCCGCGGAAGGUAUGGUGCAGGCUGAGGCCUACAGACGAGUAAUCGAUUCAGCCAAGCUCGAAUAGCCUGCAUGUGUUUAGUGUUCUCUGUUUAGCAGUUUUUAAACUCCAUUCUGUAACAUGUUCUGGGAUUGUUGGAGUACGCUUUAUAAACUCUCCACUGCCGUUAUACGUGCUUGACAGGAUGUUGGGGCGGGGGGGGGGGGGGGGGGGGGGGUAGGGAGGGUUGUUUAGUCUUCACAUGGCAGCUUUAUAUGAAUUCGGGUGGUUGGUUGUAUGACUUGUUCUGUUAUGAUGAAAAGUGAAUUUUAAGUGUUUCGAUCACAUAUUUAUGGUCGUAAUGUUAAUAUUUUGGUCAUAAGGAGUAAGAAGAGAAAAUUAGGCACAGGUGUGGUUAAAAUAAUGUGAAUGAAAUGUGGCUUUGGGAUUCUGAAUAUCGGAAAGUUUGGUGAUUGUCAGUACAAUUUACAGAGAUAAUCUCAAGCGAACUUCAGAAGAAAAUAAUUGUUAAAGUAACACAUAAUAGCAAGGGAAUUAUUUAUGUUUCCUUCAUAAGAUAUUCAUGAGUAUGAAGCAGCUAAUUUUGAGCUACACAUUAAGUGAAAAAAAACACAGCAGUAGUUUGAUUUUAAAAGUUAUGGUUUAUCGCCUGUAGUCUGAUUGCUAUACACAGUGUGGUGCGAAACAGGUUUGUCAUGUAUUGAGCUUUCAGAAUGCCCCUAUGAGAAUAUUUCAUUGCAUUUAUAACUAAAAUUUCUUCAGAUUAUUUCCGUAACAUAAUUAGAUAUAUUUGUUAUGUAACAAACAUUUUCUGUGUGUUGAACAAAAUAAUACUUCAUCUUGAACAAAAUAAAACUUCAACUUGAACAAAAUAAUACUUAAAUGCAUUAAAGCUGUCCUGUAUUUUAUCAUCUAUAGUCCGGGAUCCAAGGGCUUUAAAUUUUGAUAGACCUGACUCCGCACAACAUACUUUUGCUUUGCUAUUUAUUUGUUAGAACAGACCUUCAGGGUAAACAAUUGGGUGUCUGCUUUGCUGGAAACAUUGCAAACAAAAAUUAUGACCAUAUGUUCAUGUAUACUGCUUUUUGUUGAAUCGCGGGCUGCAUUUGAGAUUUCAUCAAUUGUUUUAGCAAUUAACCACCUAUAGUUUUAAUUACUUUCUCUGUUGAACAAGCAUAAAUACAGACAGCAACCAGCCACGAAAAUUGAAGUAUAUCCAUAUUGUUUUUUAAUUUUACUUUUGCAAUUAAUGUGUUUUAUACAUGAAACUAAAUUGGCCAAAAGCACACUAUCCGUAUGUACAUUAAAACAACUGUAGUUUUAGUAUUUUAUAACUAUCAAACCCUAAACAUAUAGCACACUGUCAAAUGUAUAUGCCUGUUAAUGUUUACAUGCUAGUGAGUAAUAUCAGUGAAACUGUAAAAUCACACAUCGAUCAUUUUAUGGAAGCAAAUAAGAGCUAUAAAAAUUAAAACCGUAAUAGAAGGCAGAUCAGUAAUGAACUUCACAUCAAAACACUGUCUAUUAAUAUAGCAUAUAAUUUCAGUGUUUUAUUCAAAUAAAUAUUAGAUGGUUAUUUAGAUUUUAAAAUGUGAAUAAUACUAAAAAUCUUAAUUUUUUACUUUUCCUCAAGUUCUACCAUGCAAAUUUCAACCAUAUGUAUUCCUAAUGAUCCUCUCAUGGCCCUGACCAAGUUUGUUAUUUUUCGGGCAGAUUUAAAAUCAAGACAGCUUCCCUGGCCUCUGAUUGACAGAGACGUUUUUUUGCUUCUUCUCAAGGUCCACCAGGCAGGUUUCAAUCAAACUUUGUCCAAAUGAUUCUCUCAUGACUUACUAAGUGUUGUUAUUUUUGUGGCUGAUUCAAAAUCCAAGAUGGCCUCCCAGGCCUCUGAUUAACUGAGAAUUGACUGAGUUGGUUUUGACUUCUCAUGCAUGGUCCACGUAUGAGAAGAUUUUAACCAAAUCUAUUCCAAAUUAUCCUCUCAUGGCCUUGACCAAGUAUUGUUAUUUUUCAGGCCCAUUCAAAAUCCAAGAUGGCCGGCCUGGCCUCCAAUUGACUGAGAUAUUUUUAAAACUUCUUUUCAAGGUCCACCAUCCAGGUUUCAACCAAACUUGGUUGAAACGAUCUUCUCAUGGACCUGACAAAGUAUUGCUAUUUUUGGGACUGAUUCAAAAUCCAAGAUGGGCACCCUGGCUUCUGAUUGGCUCAGACAUUUUCAACAUCUUUUCAAAUUCCACUAGGCUAAUUUCAACCAAACAUGGCCCAUGUCAUCCUCUCAUGGCCAUGCAUAUGUUAUUAUUUUUCGGGCCAAUUGAAAAUCCAAUCAUUACAAGAUGAUUCCGUUUUAACCAUAUUGCAUUAUCAUACGUAUGUAUUAAUAUUAAUUUUGUUUUAAUUAUUGUUGUAAAUACUAUCUAAAUCUGUUACAUGUAUGUUUGGUUGUUUAGCCACUGUUCCCACCCCACUGAAUUUGAUAAAUCAUAUGAGAAGUUAUGAAUUAAAAAAAAAUAACCAUGUAAAUGAUUUGGACGUGGCUUUUUCUCCACAAGUGUAGAGAUGCUUUCACAGUUGAAGAUAUACAUGCAGAAAGCUUGCGAAAAUGAAGACAUGUUUGCGGGAAGCUUGCACAGUUGAAGAUAUGCAUGCAGCAAGCUUGCAAAAUGAAAACAUGCUUGCGGGAAGCUUGCACAUUUGAAGAUAUGCAUGCAGCAACAAGCUUGCAAAAAUUAAAACCUGCUUGCGGGAUGCUUGCACAGUUGAAGAUAUGCAUGCAGCAAGCUUGUGCAUGCUUUCACAAAUGAAAAUAUGCAUGCGGCAAGCUUGCAGAAUUACUGACUACCUUACGCGAGCUAAAUGUUAGCUUACAUUGCUUGUACUACCUUGUAACAACCUUGUAACUACCUUGCAACAACCUAGCCGCAAGCAUGCAUUUUUGUUUGGGUUGUGCACAUGUGUUUAGUUAAGACUAUACCUCAUGUCCGUGGAACAAGUCUAUCAUACAGGAAAACUAAUUUGAACCCCAUCUGAAUGUUGGAUGGCAUAUAUCAAGAUGGCACUGAACAGGACAUAACUGAAGAAAAGGGAUGUGAGAGAAUCCAAUCUAACAUUUAAAAAUAAAUAUACAUUGAUAUUAUUUAUAAAAUAUUUCUUUGCAUAUACUGUUCAGAUAUAUUAGUGGGUCACUUCGGGAAGAAUGAAACACCACUUUGUUAAGACUAUUGUGCUUCAAUUUUUAUGUCUUGCUGACAGUUUACAGAUAGGGUGUGGAAGUGCUGUCGUACUGUACCGGUGACAUAAGAACAAUAACUUUUUAAAACAAUUAUUUGAAUUAAAUGGGUCAUGGGAAUUCCCAUGGUAUUCAUGGA